ACGUGUCCUGUACACGCUGUAGUUGAUCAUGACCGACCUCAGUGUUUCUGUUCGGCUCCGGUAUGGAACAUUUACACUGAAGGGUUUCUGACUGCGCUUCCUGGUGUUGUGUAUCGCCUCUGCGGCUGUGAGGCAGUCCUGCGCCCGGACUCGGGGCCCUCAGGAUGGCGCUGAACCGCUGUGCUGACUUGCUGCGCCGCCGGUGCUGCUCGCUGCUCUGCCGCGCCGUCGCUCCUCCUCCGGCUCCUCUCAGCAGCGGCUCCUUGCUGGGCUUCGUUCCGCCGCUGAGCCGCUCCUCCUCAGACAGGACGCCGAGAGCUCCGGACACUUCUCUGUUUGUGCCGGUCGCCGUGAAGAACGACGAAGCCGGAGACGGAGCGGUGGGAGCCGAGCUGACACAGACACUGGAUAAAGGUGAACUUCUGAAGGUACUAAAUAAAUUUUACAAAAGGAAAGAGAUGCAGAAGCUUGCUGCUGACCAGGGGCUUGAUGCCCGUCUGUUCCAUCAAGCCUUCAUCAGUUUUAGGAAGUGUGUUCUGGAGAUGAACAUCCUUAGUGCUGAUCUUCACAUCAUUCUCAGUGAUAUCUGCUGUGGAGCAGGACACAUAGACGAUAUUUUCCCAUACUUCAUGAGACACGCCAAACAGAUCUUCCCCAUGUUGGACUGCAUGGAUGACUUGCGCAAAAUUAGCGAUUUGCGUGUUCCGGCCAACUGGUAUCCAGAGGCCAGAGCUAUUCAGAGGAAAAUCAUUUUCCAUGCAGGCCCCACCAACAGUGGUAAAACCUACCAUGCUAUCCAGAGAUACCUAGAAGCCAAGUCUGGCGUUUACUGUGGUCCUCUCAAGCUGCUGGCCCAUGAGAUCUUUGAGAAGAGUAAUGCUGCAGGUGUACCAUGUGAUCUGGUGACAGGAGAGGAGAGAACCUUUGUGGAUCCAGAGGGGAAACAGUCUAAUCAUGUAGCCUGUACUAUUGAGAUGUGCAGUGUCACAACUCCAUAUGAAGUAGCUGUUAUAGAUGAGAUUCAGAUGAUCAGAGAUCCCUCCAGAGGAUGGGCCUGGACUAGAGCUCUUCUGGGUUUGUGUGCUGAGGAGAUCCAUGUGUGUGGAGAAGCUGCAGCCAUUAGCUUUAUCACUGAACUCAUGUUUACCACCGGUGAGGAGGUGGAGGUACAUAACUAUAAGAGGCUGACUCCGUUCUCUAUCUCGGACCAAGCAGUGGAGAAUUUAGAUAACCUGGAGCCCGGUGACUGCAUCGUAUGCUUCAGCAAGAAUGACAUCUACUCAGUGAGUAGGCAAAUAGAGAUCCGAGGGCUGGAAUGUGCUGUUAUUUACGGCAGCCUGCCUCCUGGCACCAAGCUGGCUCAGGCGAAAAAGUUCAAUGACCCAGACGACCCCUGUAAGAUCCUUGUUGCCACGGAUGCAAUUGGAAUGGGUUUGAACUUGAGCAUCAGAAGAAUCAUCUUUAACUCACUGGUGAAGCCCAGUGUGAAUGAGAAAGGAGAGAAAGAGCUGGUCACUAUCUCCACCUCCCAGGCCCUGCAGAUCGCAGGGAGAGCAGGACGGUUCAGUUCUGUGUUUAAGGAGGGCAUGGUGACUACCAUGCAUCGGGACGAUUUACCUGUGCUGAAGGAAAUCCUGAGCAGGCCUGUGGACCCUAUAGAGACAGCAGGUCUACACCCCACAGCAGAGCAGAUAGAGAUGUUUGCCUAUCAUCUUCCUGACGCCACGCUCUCCAACCUCAUUGAUAUAUUUGUGAGUCUCUCACAAGUUGAUGGCCUUUACUUUGUCUGCAACAUCGAUGACUUCAAGUUCCUAGCAGACAUGAUUCAACACAUUCCUCUGAACCUGCGAUCUCGCUACGUUUUCUGCACCGCCCCCAUCAACAAGAAACAGCCUUUCGUUUGCACGUCCUUCCUGAAGUUUGCCAGACAGUUCAGCAGAGAUGAGCCAUUGACUUUUGACUGGGUGUGUCGACACAUCAGCUGGCCCCUGGUAGCCCCCAAAAACAUCAAGGACCUGGUCCACUUGGAGGCUGUCCACGAUGUACUGGACCUUUACCUCUGGCUCAGCUACCGUUUCAUGGACAUGUUUCCCGAUGCUAACCUCGUCCGGGAGAUUCAGCAGGAGCUGGAUGGCAUAAUCCAGGUUGGCGUGCGUAACAUUACGAGGCUUAUUCGCACCACAGAGGCACAGUCUCCCAGCUCAGGCUCUGAAUCAAAAACCUCUGGCCUGGGGCCCCAGUCCCCUUCGCUAGCACUGAGAAGGGCUCGGGCCUCUAAAUCCCAGGCUAACGUGAAAGAAGGAAACAGAACCAUGGAGCACUCGCUGGGCUCACGUCUGGUGCAGGAAGGACUGCUCACACCAGACCUCUUGCAGCAGCUGCGGAAAGAGUGGUCAAGAGACCACAACCAAAGUGGAAACUUUACUAAAGGGACCGCAGGGACUGUAAACAAAAACAAAAAGAAGAAAAAGAAGUGACAAAGGCGAACCUUUGAGAAUUUAUAUAGGAUCUUAUUUAACAAGUGAAAAAUACACUGUAAAUCAGCUGUAUAUGGACAUUUUUGAUUUUCAUGGCUCAAAAAAAACACACUAAUAUUUUUCAUUGUUUUCCAAGGAAACAUUUUACUGGGGCUGACGACACAAAAUAUAUAUAUA